AAGAAACAACAAAAAAAAAUGAAAAUCCGACUGAAGGUUCCAACACACCCCAAGAAAAAAGGUCCCAUUUGACAUCACCACCCCGCGAUUUUUCACAUUUUGCGCGGCGGCGACGGCGGUCUCCGGCUCGACAUGCGAUUUUCUGCGAACAUCGCCAUCAUCGUAAACAUCAUUUUUCUAUUUAUUGUCGUCGAGUUUGUGCUGCCCACGUUUAUCCGAUCUGGUGACGUCAGGUUCCGAAGAUACUACCGGAAUAAUGGGCGAGUUUCGAGAGCGGCGACGGCAAAAAAAGAAAGGAUAUGGCCAGAAGGAAUCAUUCCAUUCGUUAUAGCAUCCAAUUUUUCAGGGGAGCACCAGCACCUUUUUCUACGCGCAAUGCGGCAUUGGGAGAACUUUACAUGUGUCUCGUUCGUCCCACGACAACCACACCACAAACAUUAUAUCACUUUCACUGUUGAUAAAUGCGGAUGUUGUUCUUAUGUGGGUCGGCGUGGAGAAGGCCCUCAGGCAAUAUCAAUAGGCAAAAAUUGCGAUAAAUUCGGCAUCGUUGUACACGAACUGGGACAUGUUGUUGGUUUCUGGCACGAGCAUACUCGACCUGAUAGGGAUAUGUAUGUGGAUAUCUUCUACAAAAGUAUACAGACAGGUCAGGACUAUAAUUUCGAGAAGUCCAAACCGGAAGAAGUUGAUUCACUUGGGGAGCCAUAUGAUUUCUCAUCGAUUAUGCAUUACGCUAGAGACACAUUUUCAAGGGGAGCUUUCUAUGAUACAAUUUUGCCGAAACCAAAUUCAGGAUUCCGUUUGGAAAUUGGGCAACGUGUCCAGUUGAGUGAAGGAGAUAUCCGACAAACGAAAAAGCUCUAUAAAUGCGCAGAAUGCGGCGGCACUUUGAUGCAAGAGUCCGGAAAUUUGGCGAUUCAACACGCGGGCGUAUGCACAUGGCAUAUUAUUUCCCCGCAAGGCCAUACAAUUUUUCUAAACAUCACAGGGUCAACACUCUCACCUCCCUCGUCGUUAUGUGGAAAGGAAGAAGACAACGUCAUCACCGUGCGGGAUGGUGUAUCGAUCUCAUCUCCUGUAUUAGAUAGAAUAUGCGGUGGAGACUCGUUGUUCCGAACCAUUGCAUCAUCUGGCAAUCGAAUGCUCAUCCAAGUGAGGUCGUCUACUCCAGCAGCUUCCCUACCAUUUGCCACUUACUAUGCAAUUUGUGGCGGACCAAUUUAUGCCAAUGAAGGGGUUAUUCAUAGCCCGAAGUAUCCGGAGUCCUACCCACCAAACAGCGACUGUCAGUGGACAAUUCAUGUGGAUGAGAAUAGCCAAGUAGCCAUUGAAUUUGUAUAUUUUCACUUGGAGCAACACAAAGAAUGUAUAUAUGACCGGUUGAUCUUAACCGAAGGAAUAUCGAAAAAUUCGAAAAAAGACGGCAAGGAAAUGAGUGAAACAUUUUGCGGUCUUAUUGAAAAGAAAACCAUUGUGAGCAAGACUAAUCAAAUUUCAUUGAGAUUCUUCUCUGACAACUCUGUUCAAAAAACAGGCUUUGAAUUACGCUUCACGAAAGAGCUGAACGAGUGCGCCACGGACAAGAACAUCUGCCAUCAUUAUUGUGUGAACACUGUUGGAGGAUUCAAGUGUGCUUGCCGAGUUGGGUACAGCCUAUCCAGCAAUGGAUUUUCUUGCGAUAGUACCUGUGGAGGAUACCUAAAAGCGUCAAACGGCUCCAUUUCAUCUCCGAACUUUCCGGAAAUGUAUCCGAACUCUAAAACUUGUAUUUGGGAAAUUGAAGCUCCGGAUGGUUAUCAUAUUUUCUUGAACUUCACCAAAUUCAACGUGGAAGGCAUGAAAACUGAAUGUGCAUACGACUACGUAAAGAUUGGAGACAGUGAGAAGCUAUGCGGAGAGUACCAUGAAGCAUUGCUCUUUACCACACCUCGCAACAGGGUUCGCAUCGAGUUCAGCUCAGAUUCAUCCGUUGAGCGUGAUGGAUUUUUUGCGAAUUUCAUAGCGGACUUUGAUGAAUGUCAGAACGAUAACGCUGGAUGUGAACAUACUUGCCAGAAUCGACUUGGGUCAUACGUAUGCACAUGCAAUCCGGGGUACAUCUUGGCCGAAGACAAACACAAUUGUAAAGAAGGGAGCUGUUUCUUUGAGGUUAAUGCACCAGCAGGUGAUAUCAAUUCUCCAAACUACCCGAAUGACUAUCCAAAAGGUCAGAACUGCUCUUGGCAUUUUGUCACCACUCCAGGUCAUCGUCUGAUGCUGACAUUUUCUAGUUUUCAAGUUGAAGAACAUGCUCAAUGCAAAUACGAUGCUGUGUCCGUAUAUGACGGCGGAGAUGGAUCAGCACAGCUAGCCGGCGUGUUCUGCGGCCUGGCUCCACCCCCACUCCUUCUAUCGUCCUCCAACGAGCUCUAUCUCACUUUUUCGUCGGACGCGUCGGUCUCUAGACGAGGCUUUCAGGCUCAUUACACUUCUUUAUGCGGAGGUCGUCUAACAGCUGAAUCAACGCCUGGGCACAUCUACUCGCAUGCGACGUUCAGUGAUAGCAAAUACGGGAAAAAUCAAGACUGCUCAUGGAUUGUCAGAGCAAAAUCGCCGGGACGUGGCGUGCGGAUUCAGUUCUCAACUUUCAACAUUGAAUCUGAGGAGGGAUGUCAGUAUGACUAUAUUGAGAUUUACGAUGGACCUGAAGCUACAUUGGAGCGCCUUGUUGGCAGGUUUUGUGGUGAUACUAGUCCGGAAGUUAUAACUAGCACAGGUCCUGAGCUCCUGCUUAUCAUGCAUACGGACAAUGCUGAGGAAGAAAAAGGUUUUGUUGCGGAGUAUCGAGAAGCUCCGAGAUCAAGCUCGACGAAACGAACUUUUGUCUCAAAGACACGUCACAGCCCAUUAGAAGAGCCAAUACAUGAUCGGAAUGAAUGACGUUGCAACACUUUUAUUUUUCAUUAUACAUUUUCCCCCCGCCUUCACUUCUAUUUUUCUUUCCGUUCUUUUUUGGUAUUUGUUGUCUCAUUUAUUCGGUUUUUGCCGUCCGCCUCCUCAUCGUUUGCCUCGUGCUCAAUUCUCAAUUUUCAAGAUUCUUCGAAAUCCUAAAUGAAUGUGUUU